GUGGGGGCACCUGGCGCUGCGCACACUGGGCCGGCGGGGAUGGCGGCUGGGGCGGGGAGGUCAGGCCGUGGCGCGGGGCGCACGCGUGAAGCGGCACCGCACGUGUGAAAGGAAUUCUUUUCCGAGCGGCCCGAGCCCUGCUCGGGAGGAACGCGCCCGGGUCGCCGCCGCAGCAGAGCGGGGUUAGGAAUCUGAAGCAAUGGGUGACUGGAGCUUUCUGGGAAGACUCUUGGAAAAUGCACAGGAGCACUCCACGGUCAUUGGCAAGGUCUGGCUGACGGUGCUGUUCAUCUUCCGUAUCCUCGUGCUGGGGGCCGCGGCGGAGGACGUGUGGGGUGAUGAGCAGGCAGACUUCACCUGCAACACCCAGCAACCAGGCUGCGAGAACGUCUGCUAUGACAGGGCCUUCCCCAUCUCACACAUCCGCUUCUGGGCGCUGCAGAUCAUCUUCGUGUCCACGCCCACCCUCAUCUACCUGGGCCACGUGCUGCACAUCGUGCGCAUGGAGGAGAAGAAGAAAGAGAGGGAGGAGGAGGAGCAGCUGAAGAGGGACAGCCCCAGCCCCAAGGAGCCAGCGCAGGACAAGCCCCGGUCGCGGGAUGACCACGGCAGGGUACGCAUGUCCGGGGCGCUGCUGCGGACCUACGUGUUCAACAUCAUCUUCAAGACGCUGUUCGAGGUGGGCUUCAUCGCCGGCCAGUACUUUCUGUAUGGCUUCGAGCUGAAGCCGCUCUACCGCUGUGACCGCUGGCCCUGCCCCAACACGGUGGAUUGCUUCAUCUCCAGGCCCACGGAGAAGACCAUCUUCAUCAUCUUCAUGCUGGCGGUGGCCUGCGCGUCCCUGCUGCUCAACAUGCUGGAGAUCUACCACCUGGGCUGGAAGAAGCUCAAGCAGGGUGUGACCAGCCGCCUGGGCCCAGACACCUCCGAGACCCAGCUGGGGACGGCCGAUCCCCCGCCCCUGCCCCCCAGCUCCCGGCCGUCCACCGUAGCCAUCGGGUUCCCACCCUACUAUGGGCACACCGCUGCGCCCCUGGGACAGGCCCGCGCCGUGGGCUACCCCGGGGCCCCACCACCAGCCGUGGACUUCAAAAUGCUAGCCUUGACCGAGGCACGGGGGAAGGGCCAGUCCGCCAAGCUCUACAACGGCCACCACCACCUGCUGAUGACUCAGCAGAACUGGGCCAACCAGGCGGCCGAGCAGCAGCCCCCGGCGCUCAAGGCCUCCCCGGCGGCGGCGUCCACGCCCGCGGCACCCAGCCCCACCAGCAGCAGCUCCCAGCAGCUCGGGCACGAGGCCGAGGCAGGCGCUGCGCCCCUGCUGCUGGACGGGAGCGGCAGCAGUCUAGAGGGGAGCGCCCUGGCAGGGACUCCGGAGGAGGAGGAGGAGCAGGCUGUGACCACCGCGGCCCAGAUGCACCAGCCGCCGUUGCUUCUUGGAGACCCGGGUAGGGCCAGCAAGGCCAGCAGUGGGCGGGCCAGGCCAGAGGACUUGGCCAUCUAGUGCCCAGGUGUCUCCAGACAGCUGGGUAGUGAUCUUUUCCUAGAAACCAAAACCAAAGUGCAGUUCCCACCAGCAGAUAGAGCCUGAAAGUGAGCGGCCAGAGUCCCGGGAGGUGGACGAUGGAGGAGAUCAGGUUUCCGUGUUCACUGCUUGCUUUUCUUAGCACUGUGAGUUAUGGUGGGGAUGACGCCCACUUUCUGAGUUUGGGGGUUUGGGAGGACAAGUGUUGUGGGCCUUUAAGAUCUUCACAGCAGCACAGAAGCCCAAUCUCGAGGACUGUCUCUGGGGUAACUGUUCUUUUGUGUGGUAAAGCAACAGGUAUCCUUCAGUCCCUUCAGCUCCGGGGCAUUUGGGUUUUCUAAUCCUGUGCCCUCUAGAGCCUCUGGGCAGCCCAGAGAGUGAUGGAGGCACUUAGCUCUAUCUCUGUUUGAUACUUUUAACUUAGAGUUGAAUUUCAUUUGGGAUAUUUGCCAAACUGUACUAAAAAAAGAUUUAAAGCAAGUCUAUGUAGUGUCAUUUGAGUUUCCGAAAUUGUAUGUGAAGCCCAGGAUAUCAAGCUGCAGGCUUCAUGACAAGUGACAAAGAGCAGUUACCUCCAGAGGCAGGCUCAGUGGGCAAGGGCUGCAGAGGUUGCUGGCAGAAGGCAGGUGGAGACACAGCCACACCUGGGGCCAUUUUUAAACAGCUGAGGAAAUUGACAUAAAAGUGUGUGUCAGGUAUGCCUUAGGUAUUUAUUUUUUAAAUGAUAUUUUGUGCUUUGAUCUGAAUGGUACAGAUAUGCCUAUUUUCUCCCACUUUUCUUUCAGGAAAAAUGAAAGAAACAGUGUUUUUCUUUCUUUACAUACUGUUAAAAUGAUUACUGACCAAGACAGUGCUAAUUUGUCCUAAUGCAUACUGGUAAAGAUUUUGAACUUUCUUUUAAAAGAAAUUCUUCUACUUCAUGAGUCACCUAAUUGUAUUAAGAAUGUACUGUAUAAAACAAAAGCAGGGGAAAUUUUUAAGUGCAUUCAAAUACUUGAAGUUCUAAAGAUUUUGAAUGGGAAGUGAAAAGUGAACUACUGUUCGCAGGAAAAUUAUUUAUACAGAUGAAUCUAUGACAAUCUACGCUUUAAGGUACAGAAUAAAAUACUUCAAGUUUCCUAAUCGUUCUUUGUGGGCAGCCUGUUUGCUUUCUACGGUGUAAAUAAUAUGAGUGUCUGAGGAUCCCUGCCUUGGGGGAGGACAUGUGCUCAUGCAGGGCAUGUGCCCCAUUCUCCCUCCACACCAGAGCUGUCCUGACAGGGAAAGCUAUUUAUGUGUGUGGGCAUGGCUGGAAGAUGGCAUAAUUUUCUGUCCUGCAAACACAGCUGCAGUAUCUUGGUCACCAUUUGUUUAUAAAAUGAAUGACGGUCAUGUUGAGCCUGUUUCUACUCAAACUUUUCAACUUCAACUUCUGAGUAUCAUUAACCCUUAUUCAGCAAGACCCUAUGCUUUCCAAUUUAAUACAUUUGUAUAAAUUAACUUCUUGAUGGUGCAUUUGGGACUGCACUCCAAGCAUACUUUCUGUUUUAUAUCAUAAAGGGUGCUCCACUAUCAAUCUGAUGACAGGAAUGUGAUUUCCAAGUCUCAGAUUGCUGACUGCAGCUAGUUUUUCAUGUCAGUCAAACACAAGUAGUUCGUUAGUGCAUUCUGCUUGCUGUAGGACUCACUGGACGGGCCCCUAGGCUUGAAAAAUACUAACUUUUCCAUACGUAUCCUUGAAGACUUUAUCAACCAGAUUGAGAAAGAGAAAGAAGGAAGAAGGAAGAAAAGAAAGAAAGGAGGAAGGAAGGAAGGACAGAAGGAAAAAAAAGAAAGAGAAAGAAAGAAAGGAAGAAAAAGAAGCCCUUUGUAAAACUGUGAAUGACGCUCACUUCUCUCGAGGCUGGUGCAUAACUAGAGCCAUUCUAGACACAUAAUUUCUCUCCGAAGUUAACUCAUUACAAGCAGUGUAUGCCAUAGGCUUAGGGCAGCAGGACUUAGUUCUUGUGAGUCAUAAAGGCUGCUAGAAGAGCCUAGUGUGAGAAGCAUUCUGAUAAAAAGCUUUGGCUAUUUUAGAAAAUGGAAUAGUGAUCAUCCAAGAGCAGAAGUACAGCUCACAGAGUGGAUGUAAAUACUUAGUUGUUUUUUUUUUGAGAUGGAAUUUCACUCUUGUUGUCCAGGCUGGAAUGCAAUGGCACAAUCUCAGCUCACUGCAGCCUCCGCCUCCCGGUUCAAGCAAUUCUCCUGCCUCAGCCCCCCGAGUAGCUGGGAUUACAGGCAGGCUCCACCACACCCAGCUAAUUUUGUAUUUUUAGUAGAGAUGGGUUUUUUCCAUAUUGCUCAGUCUGGUUCCGAACUCUUGACCUCAGGUGAUCUGCCUGCCUCAGCCUCCCAAAGUGCUGGGCUCACAAAGGUGAGGUGAGCCACCGCACCCAGCCGAUGACUUGAUUCUUUAAGUUCUACCAUAAUAAAUGUUCAUAGCAGUAACAAGCUUCUUGUUUACCCACAAUUUGAUUUCGAGUGGGGUUGGAGAUGAGCAUGAGAACUCAAAUUGUGUUUUUACAUUUUAAAAUUGAAUUUAGUCACAUGUUUAUAGAAAUGCCAGUACAAUUGACAUAGUCUAAUGGGUCUAUUUAGAGUGGAUAGGACUGUAGAAUUUGAUUCAUCUACUUGAGAAUCACUCAUCUAUGAAGAAGUGAUCACGGUUUUGCAAUAGAACAGUGCCUGUGCUGUUUUUUUCAGGUUAGCAUACUGAUUUCAGCUCACCUAAGUGAUAAAAGCAUGUCCUGCAUCCUUUGAGGUAUCCGUGAUUCUAAAGGCUGGGUCCAUCUCUCUCAGGCAGUGUGGAAUUGUUCUCUACUUAACUAGUCUUUUAAGACAUUGAAACAUGCAAUAAAAAUAGAAAUUGCCUCUCUCUGUGGGCAAGAUUCCAGACCUUUUUUUUUUCUAGCCUGGAAAUUUCACUGAAACUAUUUUACUCUUGAUUUAAUAGAAAAAUUUAAAAAAUCUCUAAGCCUAUUUUAAAACUGAAAUGCUAUACCUAUUACAUUUACAUACAUGGUUUUUAAGCCACUGUAUAUAAUGGCUUCUUAUAUCCUUGUUUUUAUGAAAUAUUAAACAUCACUAUAUAAUACCAAAAUUCAAUAAAAUUCUAAAACCAUUUCUUAUAUUAUCACUCAUUUCUCCUUUUUAAACUUUGUUUUACUGAUUUAUUCUUGUAUUUUUAAAUAAAAUUUACACCAAGAAAUCCUUAAAUUUACAAAAGAAAAAUAGUAGGCCAGCAUAUCUCUGGCCUACUAUUUAUCCUGGAUUUCUUUGAUCUGGACAAGUAAGUUGAUAUAUCAUAGAAUUCCUACACAAGAAUACCUAGAAUAAUAACUAUGAAUAUAAUUUAAACAUUCACUUUAUAAAAAACCCCAAUAGGGUUUAGGUCUCCUUGCAAUUUAGGCUUUUUAAAAAGUAGUAUUAACACUUUCUUUAAUUAUUUUGUAUUAAAGAAUAAAGUCCUUUUUCUUAAUUUUUUGAACUUCUGAUAUUUGUAACACCAAUUCAUGAAUCUCCACCAAAGUAAAUACUUAGAGUAUUGCAUGAUUUAAGAGAGUAAAUGUAUUUUCUAAAGAUGAAUAAUAGAGUGCUGCCACCUUUACCACCCACCGCCCCCACAAGUUGAGGCUAUCCUAAAUAACCUUUAAUAUAACAUGUGGACAUUGUACAUUUAAGGUCAGGGAAGGCAUUUUUCUUCCUAAUUUUAUAUUACAGUGCAAAUCUUGGGUUGACUCACUCUAAGGUUUCUGAGUACCCAAAAGAUUUUUUCCCCUGUACAUUACAGAACAUCAUAACAAGGCAAACAAGUUAGGGACUUAAGAACACUCAAAGCAGCGAACUGUUUCCAGAAAGUGCUAUAUUUAAAGCUGUUUGGUGUGUAAAUGUUCAUUUAGCUCAUAUAUUUACAAAACUCUUACUAAAACUUAAUUUUUGUGCCAUAACAGUGUCUUCCCUGGAUUACAUUGUAACUGGAAAUAAGCAUUUUCUAAAAUAAUAAAAGCGGCCUUAAAUUUAAA